AUGUCUCGGAAAGAGGCGAACGAAAAGGAAACGGAAGGACAGCAAAGUAGUAUCCACGCGGUGAAAUGCCUCUCCUCGAUAGAGAGGAAAGCGGCAAUACUUAUAACCGGGAUGUUGCGUAUCACAGCAGCGGAUGUCUGGGAUAUUCAUGCCAAUCUACUCCCUAUGAAGGAACAAGUAGAGGUAUAUCAACACCGUGCCCCCAGGAUAUCUGAUGUACAAGCGGAUAGGACGAGUAACAAACCAAUAUGUGAAACGCCACAAAUCCGCGCUACCUGGUUUACGAGACUACCGCGCUACAUGAGCAACGAAGUGCCAGAUGACGAAGCGAAGGCAGCAGCCCGAGGUGAUGUCAGUGAGCUGCAGGAUUUCCCAGCGCCGCUGCGGAAACCCGUCCCCCACAAUAAAACAUCAUUACUCCAGGAGUACUAUGCGAAGCAGAAACGAAAUGCCGACUGGACCUGGAGAAAUUGCAUGCUGGUACAGCCUCUGGCCACUUCCUUACCGCGCAAGAUCAUUAGCACACAAGUGCCGUACUGGACAUAUGGGGCUAAACCGCCAUCUCUCCAGUCUGUCGCGUCGAAUCACUUGCAUAUCCGAAACGCUCAUACCCAAUGA